AUGUCAGUUGGAAUGAAGGUCUCCUUUCUGGUAGUGGAAACAGGAAUACUCAUCUUAGGAUUGCUAGGAAAUGGAUUCAUUGGACUGGUGAACUGCAUCGAAUGGGUCAAGACUGGGAAGGUUUCCUCAGCUGACUUCAUCCUCACCAGCUUGGCUGUGGCAAGAAUCAUCCAUCUGGGGGUAAUACUGUUCGAUUCAUACAUAAUGGUGUUCUGUCCACAUCUGCUUGCUACGAGUAAACUACUAAAAGUGGUUACGAUUCUUUGGGUACUAACUAAUCACUUAACUACCUGGUUUGCCACCUGCCUAAGUAUUUUUUACUUCCUUAAGAUAGCCAAUUUCUCCCAGUCCUUUUUCAACUGGCUGAAGUGGAGAGUCGACAGAGUGGUUCUUGUGAUUUUCAUGGGGUCUUUCUCCUCAUUGUCUCUUAACCUCUUAGUGCAGGAUGGUCUUAGUGAGUUGUGGAUAAAUGUCUAUAGCGUACCUGAGAGAAACAUGACUUCACUUUUCGAUGGAAGUAAAAUUUCCUAUCUUAAAGGUCUUUUUAUUGUUAGUUUGACCUAUGUUAUCCCCUUUUUCCUGUCCCUGAUCUCUUUGCUCCUUUUAUAUCUAUCCUUGGUGAGACACAGCAAGAAUUUACACCUCAACCUGAAAGACUCAAGAGACUCUAGCACAGUAGCCCAUAGAAGGGCCAUAAGAAUGGUGACAACAUUUAUCGUCCUCUUCAUCAUUUAUUUUAUUUCUAUUCUAACAGGAAGUUGGAUCUUCACUAAGAUACAGACAUAUCAGGCCAAUAUGCCUGUCUUGGUGAUUUCAACCAUCUUUCCCUCAGGCCACUCUUUUAUUAUAAUUUUGGGAAACAGCAAGCUAAGACAGAUCGCUUUGAACUUACUGUGGCACUUAAAUUCCUUGAGAAAAUCAAAACCUUUCACUUUAUAG